AUGCCUGAUCCAGCCAAAUCCGCCCCGAAGAAGGGAUCCAAGAAGGCCGUCACAAAGACCGCCGGUAAGGGAGGAAAGAAGCGCAGAAAGUCCAGGAAGGAGAGUUACGCUAUCUACGUGUAUAAAGUCCUGAAACAGGUUCAUCCUGACACCGGGAUCUCUUCCAAGGCGAUGGGAAUCAUGAACUCUUUCGUCAACGACAUCUUCGAGCGCAUCGGCGGUGAAGCGUCUCGUCUCGCUCACUACAACAAGCGCUCCACCAUCACAUCGAGAGAGAUCCAGACCGCCGUGCGUCUGCUGCUGCCCGGUGAACUGGCCAAACACGCCGUGUCUGAGGGCACAAAAGCCGUCACCAAAUACACCAGCUCCAAGUAGAAGAACAUCCGGUUUCUCAACCAACCCAAAGGCUCUUUUAAGAGCCACUCAUGUUCUCUGUUAAAGAGUUUUCUUCAGACAGUGUUUGUAUAUUAUCCCUGUCACGGGUGUCAUAUUAGUAACAUUUAAGUAUUAAUCAACGAGAUUUAACACAAUCGUUGAAUAUAGGCUCCUUAUACAAUGCGACACGUUUUGUUAACAGUAUAGUUGAAUGUGACUAUGCUUUGAGAAACACAUGUUGUCUUUGCUUACCUAAAAUGUAUAAUCUCUGAAUGGUACAAUCAUUAGUCAAAGUACUAUAUUCUGUUUACGUAGUAUGUAAAUGUCUUUAUACAUGGGAUUAAAUUAUUAAGUGAGAUUCUACCAUUAGAAAGAAGCCACAAGGGGAAGAAUGUUAUUUGUUUGGUGAUGUUUUUGGACACUAUGAUCAAUUAUUUUUGUAAUGUUGUAACUUCUGAUUGUAAAUGGAAAGAUUGGCUUCCAGCCCCUACAGAUACAAGAUGUGAUUGGUAAGUUGGCUUUGAUGCCAAUAGUGUCAUUCAAAUGUUUAAGAAUCAUCAACAGUUAUUUAAAGUGAUAGUUUGGGUUCUUAGAGGAGUAGACGAAAAGAGCAGGAGAGGACAUGAUGUGGAAAUAUGAAGAGGGAGGGAGAGAAAAGGUGAUGUGAUGAAAACUGUGAUUAAUGUUUUAUUAGAAUAGAUACUAUGGGACUGUUUGGUAAUUUAAUUGGUUUUCAAACUGUUGGCUAGUUUUUGUGUUACCAAGCCACUAACCCAGUCAUUCUAUAUUUAUGUAAGUUACCUGUCGCAGGGUUUUUGGAUCUCAUCAGGA